UUUUUUUUGCAUAAAAUGUACCAUAAAAAUAACCGAAUUACAAAGUAAGCUAUCGAUUAGAGUUAGCGGUCACUGGCCCCGCCCACAGCGGAAGUACUCUUACAAAAAUAAAGUGCGCUUCCAGCUGCUGCCUGAAGGAGGCGCUCUGCUCGCGUUUCAUUGGCUCGGAUUGAGGAAGACGCUCGAGAAGUCGACGCGUGACGUCUUGAACAGCUGGGGGAACUAAAUGAACAAGGUUUGGCGCAAAACAAAGUUUUGUGCAUUCGCUUUUUAAGAUUACAAUAUGAAAUCGACAUUUACCGCGGUGUUGUAUGCUUGUCUCUAGAAUCUGUAAAUCCCAAGGACGAGCCCGCUGUCAUGUCACUGAUUUAUCAACUAACGUUACCGGACAUUUAAAGAUUGACACUUCGGAUGUUAGAGAUUCGUUUCUAAUCUCGUUAUGCGUGUUACUGAUUCACGACUUUAGCAGAAACCCGCUUUAAAGGUGUUCUGAAACAGUGGAAUGUGGAGAAGAGCGGCGGUGAAUGGACCUUGGCUAUCAAUCAGAUCACUGAACGCAGGUAUUCUUCACAAGGGCGGCAUGUCUCGUAAGUUGCACGCGAGAAGACUUGAAGGAAUUGACAAGAAUAUAUGGGUGGAAUUUACUCAACUGGCUGCUGACUAUAAGACUGUGAAUCUGGGUCAGGGGUUCCCAGAUUUCCCUCCUCCUGCUUUCAUCCAGGAGGCUUUCUGCAAAGCCCUGAGUGGAGGUUUUUCCAUGCACCAGUACACGCGUGGUUUUGGCCACCCGACUCUUGUGAAGAUCCUGGCCAAGUUCUUCAGCAGGAUUGUUGGCCGGGACAUAGACCCGAUGGAGGACAUCUUGGUUUCCGUAGGAGCGUAUCAAGCACUUUUCUGCACCUUCCAGGCUCUCAUUGAUGAGGGUGAUGAGGUAAUUAUUGUGGAGCCGUUCUUUGACUGUUAUCAGCCAAUGGUGAUGAUGGCGGGAGGAACAGCUGUAUAUGUGCCCCUUAAACCGAGAAAAGGCUGUGGUCCUGUUCUGUCCAGUGCUGACUGGGUGUUGUCUCCUGAAGAGUUGGCGAGUAAAUUUAACCCUCGUACCAAAGCCAUUGUCAUUAACACUCCUAACAACCCCCUUGGCAAGGUGUUCCAGCGGGAGGAACUUCAGACGAUUGCUGACUUGUGCAUUAAACACGAUGUCAUUUGCAUCAGCGACGAGGUGUACGAGUGGCUCACGUAUGAUGGAACAAAACACGUGAAAAUCGCCAGUCUGCCGGGUAUGUGGGAACGCACUGUCACCAUUGGGAGCGCAGGCAAGACUUUCAGUGCCACAGGGUGGAAGGUGGGUUGGGCAAUUGGAUCAGGACAUAUCCUGAAACACUUAAAAACCGUCCAUCAGAAUUCAGUGUAUCACUGUGCCACAGCUGCCCAGGAGGCCGUAGCGGUAGGUUUUCAGAGGGAGUAUGAUGUAUUCGGCACAGAGGAAAGCUAUUUCCACCAGUUACCCAAACAUCUUCAUGAAAAGCGACUGAGGCUGGCAGAUUGUUUGAAGAGCGUUGGCCUGAACCCUGUACUACCCCAGGGAGGAUACUUCAUGAUCGCGGAUAUCUCAAAUAUUAAUGUUGAUCUUACUGACCCUAGUACCAAAGAUGAACCCUAUGACCACAGAUUUGUGAAAUGGCUCAUAAAAGAGAAGGGACUGGCCACCAUCCCUGUGUCUGCAUUCUACAGCCUGGAACACAGAGACGAAUUUCAGAAAUACAUCAGAUUCUGCUUCGUUAAGGAGGACUCAACCCUGCAAGCAGCAGAGGACAUACUGAGGAAGUGGAGUGACGGCAAAUAAAAAUGAAACAUUCUGACAGUGCAGGUCGUGCAAAGACCGACAAACCUGAAAAGCAAGAGAUCUUGAAGCAUGACGCAUCUAAAAUGAGUAGUUUGGGAUACGAACGGUAAUUAAAAAUAAAAGUGCUUGUCAUUAGGCUUAAGACCGACUAUAUGCUAGAUGAACAGAUGGUACUAAUUGUAUCACAAAACAAAGCUAUGAAAAUCUUGCGUGGCACGUGUGAUUAAGAAAAGGAAAUGAGAAUCAUUGUUCCUGUGAUAACAAUCGAUAUAAUGUAAUUUUAGUUUCACUAUAAUUUUAUGUUUUUGGCAUCGUAUUGCAACAUAUUUCCUUCCUCACUGGAUUAUACAUCGAAUUGCAUUAUUAUUACUGCAUCCACUCCACAUUACAAAUUGCACAUUAAUAGAUUUCAUUUCAUGUUCAAACUGUUUUAUUAAUUUGUGCAACGUAAGUGUUACGUUGAGCCAAUUGCGUAUAGAAAUAUUGCAAACUACCUCAAACAGCUUCAUGUAAAUCUGAAGGAACUUUCUUUAUUGGUGGUCUAAACGCUCAUCAGUUAUGUACUUUUUUUGGACACAUUUCUGCAAGAGAAAGCAAGUAUUGUCACACACUAGUCUGUUUAAAAAUGGACAAGUUACUCAUUGCAGUUUAAAUAUUAAUAAAUCCAAAUUGAACGUA